AUGGAUAAUAAGACCGAAUAAAGAUAAAAACUAUUUAGAAUUUCUAAUCCCGCCUAGAAAGCCCAAACAUUAGUACCAAGACAGUUAAGAGAUGACAGUCUAAAACCAUUGCAAUAACAAUAAAUGUAAAAAAUAGUUGUUAGUAAUGAUGAUAAAUUGAGAAAGGUUAUUAUAGAUCAUCAUUAUUGAUUAGGAAAAUGAGUUACUAAAAUCUGAGCUUUUAGCAACUAAGGAAUAAUACAAAAUUUUACAAGAGGAAUAUAAAAAAUUAUAAUCUAAAUAUCAAAAUCUAUAAUAAUAAUAGAUAAGAGGACCAACUUAAGAGAUGCUGAUGGCUCAUGAAUUGUAAAGGCAUCUAAGGCAUUACUAAUACUAUGAAUUUAUUUAAGAAGCAAUGAUGCCUCAACAAUAAUUCUAGACAGAUGGAAUGACUUAUGAAUAAUUAUUAGAAUUAUAAGAGUAGGUUGGGCAUGUUUCAAAAGGUCUUACCAAAUAGGAAAUCAAAAAAAUUCCAAAGAGAUAGGUCAACCAAAAAUAAAAAGACCCGUAAUAUUACCAUAAUUCUUUAGAUGCACUAUUUGUUAUAACGAUAUCGAAAAAUUUGAGAAGAUCCGAGAAUUAAAGUGUAGACAUUAAUACCAUUCUAAAUGCAUUAAAAAAUGGCUUCUUUCUUAAAAGAAAUGUCCCAUCUGUUAAACAGAAGUAUGA